AUGCCAAAAUACAAAUUCAGAAACUUUUAUAAAACUUUGAUACAAAUUUGGCUUUUCUAUUAUUUCCUGAACACUGUUAAAGUGCACAAAUGUCAGGAGAUUGACGAUGUUGAGUUCAUAACCACAAAACCAGAAGAAAAUGAAGUUAGUGAAUAUAAUAAAGAAAUUAGCAAUGAAAGUGAAUUUAUAUUCGAGCCCAUUGAAGAACCAAAAGAGAUUUUUCAUAAUUUCGAUGAGAUUGAUGAUAGAAAAAAUGUGAAUUUAAAUGUGAACAAUAAUCUUCAGCAUGAGAGUGAAGGUGAACCAACUCAUCCCAUCACUCUCACUUCUCAACCAAAUUCCGGAUACACUGAGAGUCCACCAAAAACACCUGACGAAAUGGGAGCAAGACUGGUCGAUGGCCCAUCGCCUCUUGAAGGGAGACUUCAGUUGAUGGUGAAUGGCAAAUGGCGAUCGGUUUGCAGUAAUUCUAGGAAUUGGACAAUUCCUGAUUACGAGACUGUCUGUCGUCAGAUGGGCUUUCAAGGAGGCCGCUUUUGGAACUGGAUGGAAAAACUUCAAAACUUUGAUCCGCGACUUCUUUAUGAAGAGCCGGAAUGUCGUGGCACUGAAUAUUCUGUAUUCGAAUGUCAAUGGCGAAAUCAUCAACUUGGUUCUGGCGUGUGUGAUUAUCACAACGAUCUUGGUGUCCAAUGUCUUCCACUUUUGGAAUCAGCUUCAUCAAACUGGCGUGGCUUACGAUUCUUAAAUGCUGAGUCAACAAGACUACUUUCGAAUGAAAACACAAUCUACGAUCAUGUUUCUUAUUCAACACUCAAACACGUGAACAUUAUUCGUGCUGGUGCUGGUCGCAAUCGAAUGGUCCCUGCUGCAAUUGAAUCGUUUGGUGUUCCCCCGACACUGAGUCAUGUGACAAUCGAUUAUUCAGCUUUCACUGGCAUCAACGUGACCAGAUCUCAAUCAUCAUUCAACUUCCAUGAAGUCACAGUUCGACGAAGUCGAGGCUUUGGAAUUUUUGUCAACUCAAGUUACGGUGCUGCAAUGAUGGAUCAUUGUACAGUAAAUGAAAACGGCGCUGACGGCAUUCGUUAUGUUGGACACGAUCUUAGAUUUGAUGAGCGCAAUGAUCGAAGUGAUUUACGUGAAUUCUGUACACUUGCAAUAACUGCUGGCCAAACAUAUCCAAUUGAACUUCAAGUCGAACAAACUGCGUAUUCAGCGUCAACAAAAGUAUGCGAACAAAGAUUUACUACAAAACCUGGAUAUGUGCUUACCGUUCAUUUUGUGAAUUUCGUUGUGACAAAGAACGACACUGCUGAGAUUUUGGUCACUGAUGGAUCGUCGGAACAUGACCGGCCACUUAUAGAAUGGUCAGUAAGGAACUACACGAGAGUGCAGAGUGUUGUAAGCACGAGAGAAUAUGUUUUCAUAAAGUUCAAAGCACAGCCGAGAAGUCCAGUUCUUGCUUACUUCCGUGUCACCACGGGACUUACAAAAGCUUUUGACUUGAAUGUAACAAACAGUGAUGUGAGUGAUAAUGGUGGACGUGGAGUUGUACUCGAUAAUCUCCGAUCACUUGUACAUAUCCAUAAAAGUUCCAUCAGUAAUAACAAUCAUGUUGCUGGUUUUCAUGUGACAAGUGGAGCUGGAGAUGUGAAUGUGACUGACAGUAAAAUCAGCUUCAAUCAUGGCGAUGGUGUCAACAUAACUUACUACGGUGGCAAUCGAAAUAUCUCACGAAGUUCACUGAGUGCAAAUAAAGGUUUUGGUUUCGCAGUUUGGCUGAAUCAAACGACUAAAGAUCGUGCUGAAUAUCUUCCUUUUAAUCAAACAACUGUCAUUGAAUAUUCAAGAAUCAUCAGAAAUCUUGAAGUCGGAAUUUUGCAUGGAAAUUAUUGUGGCGACUUUUGGGUGAAUAUAACAGGAAAUCUUUUCAACGAAAGCUUUUCAAAUGGCAUUGACAUUCAAACAUGUUGGUUUGAUAAACAAGAAGGAAGAAAACUUCGACUUCAAAUAGGCCACAAUCAUUUUGCAAGAACUGAGAAGAUUGGAGUCAUUAUAAGCCCAGCAUUGAAUAUUGACGGUGUAAUUGAACACAAUCACUUUUAUUUCGGACGUUAUGGUGGAAUUUUAAUUCGAAACGAUCAAUUUGUUGAAUUUUAUGAUUUGUUUCGAACACUGCCGGCAAAGUUUACAGUUCAACAUAAUUAUUUCAUGCGUAACAAAGGCAUGUUUAUCGCAUCGUUAGGUUUGAACUCUUACACAGAUCGUGAGAUUCAUUCGAUUCUUUUCACAAAGAAUUUCGUACAGAACAAUAAAAUUCAAGAGCCAUUUGGUCAACAUGAUGGUGAAGAUCAACCAACAGGUGGUGAAGGAAUGAAUGGAGAAGGAAGAUUGAAUCCGAGAUCACGAGUUGCAGCGCCGAUUGUUAUCUCAUCAAGUAAUGUUGAUGUCUAUCGUAACAUUAUCUACAAUCGUGACUCGAAAUACGAAAUUGGAUCACAAGUUUCAGAUCAAAGUCAAAUAUUGAAUUGCACGUAUAAUUGGCUUGGCUCGAAAGAUGAAGAAAAAGUUUUUGAUCGACUUUUCCACAGAAAAGAUCGCUUUGACUUGGCAAAGAUUGAAUAUUUGCCUUACUUGUUGCAUUAUUCAAAUCCAGGCACAACAUUAAUCAAUCAAUUUCCAACAUACAUUCCAAGAUUUCAUGUCGAAGGAUCAGACAAAGUCGGUGGCGAAGUUGAUGGACAAGAAAUUCUCCCUCCAGGAACUUAUGAAGUUGAACGUGACAUUAACAUUCGUCCAGGUGGUAAAUUGAUACUCCAAUCUGGUGUCACAUUAAAUUUCGCUCCAAGUGUUGGCAUGAUGGUUGCUGGAAAGUUGGAAGCUCGUGGAACUGCACCUGACGAUAUUUUAUUCACUUUAAAACGAGAACCUGUGAUGGUCAACGAAACAGAAAGCAUUGACGGAGAUAUCGAUGUGAAUACUGAACCAGUCGUGCCGAAGAAUCUUCCACCACCGAUUCCACUUCGACUUCUUGGUGGAAAGACAGAACAUGAAGGAAGACUUCAAGUGAUGAUUGACGGUCAAUGGGGAACGGUUUGUGAUUAUGGUUGGACUUUGAUUAAUGCUGCACUUGUUUGUCACCAACUUGGCUUAGCAUUAAAUCCAAUUGAUUGGCGAUUGGAAAGAUCAGAAAUUCCUGGUGCUGGUACCCAAGAAAACAUUCUUCUGUCUAAUGUUCGAUGUACUGAACACGACACUGACAUCACAAAAUGUCGAUCAGAAAGAAUUAAAGAAUUUGAGAAUUCUUGUACACAUGAAAUGGAUGUUGGCGUGAGAUGUUAUGAAGGUGCAUGGGCUGGUGUUCGAUUUGGUGUUCUUGCAGAUCGUGCUGACAUUCAAUAUGUAACAGUGAAGAAAGCUGGAUUAUUUGAUUACACAACCAACGUCUUUAAGCCAGCAAUUCAAAUGGAUUUUGCGCGACAUAAUUUCGAUCAUGUUCGAGUUGUUGAGAAUCUUCACGAUGGCCUUGGGGUUGUUUAUUCAGACAUCUUUGGUGGUGGAACAGUCAACAAUAUACGAAACAGUGAAUUCUCAAAUAAUCUCGGUAAUGGCAUCAGCUUGAAACAACUUGGGUUACAAGUUCAAGGAAGCAUUAUAAAAAAUAAUUUAGGCAGCGGCGUGAGUCACGAUCCCGUAAUUGGUGCUUAUGAACAACGAGAACUUGCUGGAUGGUUCAAACUUGCACCUGACUUCAUUGCAACAGAUUUUAUUUAUCCAUUGACUGAAGUUCCAAGCGACACACAAUUCAUUGAUGUUGAUCAAUUUCAAAUGAAAUAUUUACUUACAAACAAAGCAAUUGGAGAAGAAAUUACUCAAAGAAUCAAAGUUCGUUGUCAACCUGGAUACGUUAUUGGCAUACAAUUAUUAAAUCCAAUUGAAAAUAGAUCGUCAGAAGAGAUUUAUAUUUACGAUUCACAGACUGGUAACUUGAAGAGUGACAUUUUCCAAGUGAAACGUGAUUUGUCAGUGUUUCCUUUAACAACAACAAGCUAUGCGAUCAUUCUUGAAUACAAAAGUGGACUCAAUGCACUUGGUGGUGCUGUCAUGACAUUAAGUUCAAUUCCAGCACCAGCACAAACGAUUUACAACAGAAUUAUUAAAGGACCAGUGCCGACACUUUUAAUGACAUCAACAAAAAUUCAAAACAACUUGCGAGGCUUAACAGCGACUUACUACAAUCGAUAUUUAGGAGAGAAAGGCGAACAUUUCUUACGAAAAGCAAACGAGUCAAUGUUGAUAAGAAAUUGUGAAAUAAAUUAUAACAAAGAAGAAGCUGUGUUCAUUCUUGCGCCGUUUUGGGAUGUUCAUAUUAGUAACAUUUCUGAAGUUACACUUCAUAUCAAUAAGUCAUCAGUUGCUGACAAUGGACGUGGGUUAAGACAGUUUUCAAAAGAUCUUCGUUCAUCUAAUAAUCUUUUCCAUUACGUGCUACAAGAUACAUCGAUGGAGAGAAAUGCAGCUGGUGGAAUGGAGAUCAAUUUGCCUUACGUUUGGCAGUAUAAUGAAAACUUUACUCAUUCAGUUUUUCUCGGCAACAACACUUGGAGUAAGAACGAGAAAUUUGGCAUCGUUAUUGACGGCCAUUAUGCUGAGAUUAACGUCACGGGCAACAAGUUUAUAGACAACAAUUGCCAGAAUGGUUUAAUGGCUUUUCGUGGCAUGGAGAAAAAGCUUAAAAUAGAAGAAAAUCAGAUUACGUCAAAUAUUGGACGGUUCAUGGUUGAAUUCAAUUCAGAUUCACAAAGUGAGAUUCUUGGUGAAGUCUUUGCUGUUUUCAGAUACAAUGAACUUAGAAACAAUCGAAUAGAAAGUAAAAGAAUUCUACCAGGUGGCAGAUCAUUCUUUCGUGGAACGAGAAACAAUCCAAUUGAUCCAACUUGUGUCAUUGGCUUUGGUGGUGUUCAAAGAGUUCAAGUUUUCAGAAAUCUUGUUUCUGAUAAUUUGCAAGAUUAUGAUUUAGUUGCUGGUGUCAAGUCAGCACGAUUGGGAAAUUUCCUAGACGCACAAGAAAACUGGUGGGGUUCGAGAGAUCCGCAAUACAUUGAACAACGAAUUUUUGAUUUUGAUGAUUGGAAUAAUCAUGCUGAAGCAAGAUGGCGGCCUUAUUUAAUUGAAGAUCAUAUUUAUGGCUCAGUUUCAGUGUCAUUCGCUGAGAACACGACAGUUGAUUUGGAUAAUCUUGGCGGAAGAAUUUUUGAAGAUUUAACGUUACGUCAACGUAUGACGCCUUACGUUAUAAAACGUGACAUCACCGUAAUGCCAGACGCGACAUUGAAAAUUGGGGGUGGAGUUGAAAUGGAAUUUGCACCAAAUGUUGGAAUUUUACAAGUUGUUUGUCGUGAACUUGGAUUCGAUCCUUUAAAUAUUUAUUUCGGGCAUGACAGAAGAAUCGAAUAUCACACAAAUUCUCUUACACGUAUUUGGACGUGGGUGGAACCAUUUGAAUGUCAUGGAGAUGAAUCAAGGAUGGAAGAAUGUCCCGAACGUCUUAAUGGUCAACUUUAUGGUCGACGACAUGAUUGUAAAUGGGACGAUGAAUUUGUGUUUGUAGCUUGUAAUGGUGACAUCGACUCAACGCCAUAUUGGGGUGGAAUUAGAUUUGCUAAUCCCGAUUUUGAAGAUCGUUCGUAUGAAGAUCGCUUCCAUGACCGUCGAUCACAUGAGACGAGAAUGAAGAAAGGAAGUCACAUUGAAUACAUUAAUAUUGAACGUGCUGGACUAUUGCAUGGUGAGAAAUCGCCAGCAAUUCAAUCAAUUUCAAAAACACCCGUCAUAAGAUCGAUUACAAUAAAAGAUGCAGCUUAUCAUGGUGUCAACUUAGUGUCACCUCGAGAUGCAAUUCAUUUAAAUCUCAUUAAUAUUGAGAAGACUUUGGGACAAGGAAUCAACGCAAUUUCAUUGACAGGAGAGGGACGUGAAGCUGACGAUUCAAGUUUCACACCUUUACGUGACUUGGAUUUGCCAUACAACAUUUUUUCAAUGAUUGACAUUUGCGAUGUCUCAAAAGUUAUCACAAUCGAAGAGAGAGUUUUAAUCUACUACAAAUACGACAAUAAUCCCGUGAAUUGUGUAAAGAUUUUCAAAAGUGCUUUCUCUGUUAAACCACUCGGCUUUCGUCUGCUUCAAUCGAAUCUCUUUAAUCAUUCCAAAGAAUAUGGACGACCAGAUUCAAUUCAUCUCUUUGAUGGCGACAUUUACAACUAUACAGCUAAACAUAUCGGAUCGAUUUUAGCAAACUCUGAUAAAGAAAGAAGUUUGUUUAAGACUUUUGAACCGAUUUUGAGUGUUCGAUUGAUCGCGAGUGGUGCACCAGCUCGUCAUGGAUUUAUAGCUGAGAUUGUUACAUUACCAACAUCAGCAAUUGGAUUCAAUCGCGAUGCACAACACAACAUUUCAAAUUGUGAGAUUUCUUACACGACCGGCUCUCCAAUCUCAUAUCAUUCUGUCGGCGAAGUUUCACCAAUUUUAACUCUUGAAAGAAAUCGAAUUAUGAAUAAUUGUCUUCAACUUUACGGAAAUUUCUCGACAUGCGAAGCUGCAGUUGAUAUCAAUGUUCAGAACAUGCACUCGUUGUUCUUCAGAAAUAAUUUACUUCAAGACAAUCAAGGCGGACUUUUAUUAAGAUCAGAUUCACGUGGGGCUGCAACCUCACUGAGAGCUUACAUUAAUAACAAUUUAUUUGUGAGGAAUAAAAAUCGACCGUCGCUUUAUUGUGAAGGCAAAAUUGAUGUGAUUGUGUUGCGACAAGUCGUCUCGAAUUUCAGCUUUAAUUACGUGCACAGCAACAUGGGUGGACGAAUCAUUGAAAUUUCCGGAUUUGACAAAGUCAGACUUCCAAUUUAUCAAACGACAGCUCACAAUGGUUUUUACAGCAAUGUUGCUACAGAUUGGCGUGGUCGAACGACAAUUGUUGCUGGAACUGCUGGUCAAAGUUAUGUCGACAAUAUUUUCUUCAAUCCUGACAACGAUUAUGAGAUGCUCACAGUUAAUCGUUCAUUAUUCGAUAUAAGAUUUUGGAACAGCACACGUGACAUUUACAAAACGAAGAUUGAUGCAUCUCACAAUUUCUGGAAUUGGAAUGAAACGUUAGCAGUGAGUUCACGAAUUCGUGAUCGAGCUGAUGAUCCAACACUCCUUGAAGUUCAAUAUCUUCCACUUCAUAUGAAUAAUCGAUCGAUUCUUGAUGGUGGAAAAUGUCCGCCUGGUUGGAAUUUAGUUUUUGACACAUGUUACAUGUACGUUGGAGCUCCGAUGACCUUCCAUGAAGCUCGUGACUUUUGUCGAUCUGACAAUGCUUCUUUACCGUUUAUCCGUGAUGACACUUCACAACUUUGGCUUUAUCUUCAACAACAAAUGCAGCAUUUAAGAUUCGCUGAACAUGUUUGGGUGCAAGAUUACGAUUACCUUGAACGUUGUACUGCUUUCGUUUAUCGAACGGUUGAAUUUGACGAUUGCAACAUGAGAAAUUCAUUUAUAUGCGAGAUUGAUCCGAAGAUUAUCAUCAAUCCACUUUCAUGGCAAGCUGAUAUUGUCGCGAUAAGCGUCAUGAGUUUGUUCAUUGUCGGCGGCAUUUUAUUGUGUUGUCUUGGUUAUCUUUGGUGGGCAAAAUCAAAGACACGUCAAGAACAAAGACUUCAAAGAAGAAACAGCAUUCGUCAAAGUCUCCGCAGUUUAAAUAUGAUUGAUCCACAAGGUGGAUCCAUGCGACGACGUUACAUGAAUGGCAGAUCAACUGAAAGUCUUUCAAAGUCAACUGCUACUGAUUAUAAGAAAAUGUUGUCAAAUGGUUCGAUUGAGUCAAUGGAUAAAAGUGUUUUAAGCUCCGUCGACACAAGUUUCGCUGAUUAUGACAUAAAUCCGAAUCCAAAGCCUCGUUUCAAUGAAUAUUCUGUUCAACCUGCUAAACGUUACUCACCGCCUGAUACUCCACAGAAGACAAAAGUUUAUGGUGUGCCAACAACACCGACUGUGCCAAUGGAUUCAUUCGAACUUUCCUUCCGAAACGAUGGUUUCCGUGACAACUCAACAAUUUACACAAACACAACGAGAAAUAACUCAUUAAGCACUGCCAUCAAUGAAGAUACGCCGAUCAUCCAUCAAGUUGAUAACGAUGAAUAUGGAUCGGAUUAUUAUGGCAAUGCAAGCACAUUGCCGAUGAGAGUGAAGGGCGACAAUUUAUCAUUCCUUAAUGAACUGAAGAAUCGACUGCCAGAGUAUGAAGAGCCGAGAAAUAGUUCAGGUCACAGCAGCUUUUUGCCAUCGAAUAAUGAACCAUCGUCGAGUAAUGAAGAAGUCGUGGAAACGACUCAAACAAGACGACCAAAUGCGUUCAUCGCGCCUCCUCCAGAACAUGUACGAAGACCAGAUUCGUACAUGAAGGCUGUUAAGAAAACUCCAAGAGAUUCAAUCAUUCCAAAGAGUGAGUAUGGCAGACCAAGGACGGUUUAUGAGUCAUCUCAAGAGCCUCAACGUCCUUCUGUUCCACCUCCACCACAACCAUAUACAAGAUCGAAGUCGGAAGCUCUUCUCGAAACGAACUUCGACAACGAUCCAGUGCCACCAAUCAUUCCAUUAUCAUCAGACAGUCGAAGUCAUAGUCAACCUUUAGAAACUGAAUUUUAAUCAAAGCAAUAAGUUUAAUUUCAUUUGUGUUCAUGACUUCAUUAAGACACGGAAUGCCUUUCAAUUGUGCUUUAAAUAUUGACAGCAGCCUUAGGCAUCAAACAUUCUUUAAGAUUUUUCUAAGACAAUGAAAGAAAGAAAAACCCCCCAAUGUGAUAUAAAAUUAAAUUUUUAUAUUGUUACAUAUGUGUAAAGCAGUAGCUCACAUUUGAGCGUCUAUCGUCUAUUAAAUUAAAUAAACAUUUACGUCCUUAACUAAGCACAACUUUCCAUUCCAUUAAUUAAUUAUUUAGAUAAAUGUGCAAGUGAAAUUAGUGCAUUAUAAAUGUCGUAAUGUUAAGUGUUAAUUUUAAGUAGAUAGGAUUGAAAUUAAUUUUCUCUUUUUAUGUCGUUUAUAAAAUUAUCUUACUUAAGAUUUUUAUUUUUAAAUCGUACGAAGAACUAAAUAAAUUUACGAUGAGAUUAAAUUUUGUUUGUCUCACGAUUUUGAUAUAACAAAUAUUGAAAUUUCCAACUUCACUUCAUCACAAUUUUUGUAGACUUUGAAAUAUUUAUUUC